UCUCGCGAGAGCGGCGCCGUGCGGGCUGGCGGAACCAUGUUGCGGGCGGCGGCGGCGCAGCGGCUGCGGCGGGCGGCGUCGGUGCUGCGGCGGUCCCAGAGCACCUUGGUGGUGGCAGAGCACAACAAUGAGUCCCUCACAGGCAUCACCCUCAACACCAUCACUGCAGCAAAGCGCCUCGGAGGGGAGGUCUCCUGCCUGGUGGCUGGUACCAGCUGUGACAAGGUAGCAUCAGAACUCAGCAAAGUGCAGGGUGUUGCAAAAGUUCUCGUGGCUCAGCAUGAUAUGUACAAGGGAUUUCUAGCAGAGGAGCUGACUCCCUUGAUUGUGGAAACUCAUAAAAAAUUCAAUUACACCCACAUUUGUGCCGGAGCAUCUGCCUUUGGGAAGAAUCUUAUUCCCAGAGUGGCUGGCAAGCUUGAUGUUGCCCCUGUUUCUGACAUUAUUGAAAUUAAGUCCCCAGAUACUUUUGUGAGAACUAUCUAUGCAGGAAAUAUUAUUUGCACUGUGCAGUGUGAUGAAGCAAUCAAAGUCUUUACUGUACGGGGAACUUCCUUUGAGGCUGCACCAGCGAGUGGUGGCAAUGCCAGUGUAGAAAAGUUGACCCCCCCGGCGCCCCUGGGGAUCUCGGAGUGGAUCGAGCAGAAGCUGACCAAGAGCGACCGGCCGGAGCUCACCAGUGCCAAGGUGGUUGUGUCAGGGGGGAGGGGCUUGAAGAGUGGUGAAAAUUUCAAGUUGUUGUAUGAACUUGCGGACCAGUUGAAUGCUGCAGUUGGAGCUUCCCGUGCAGCUGUUGAUGCUGGCUUUGUUCCUAAUGACAUGCAGGUCGGACAGACGGGCAAAAUAGUCGCACCAGAACUUUACAUUGCUGUGGGAAUAUCUGGAGCAAUCCAACACUUGGCUGGAAUGAAAGACAGCAAGACCAUUGUUGCUAUUAACAAGGAUCCAGAAGCUCCAAUUUUCCAAGUGGCAGACUAUGGACUGGUAGCAGACUUAUUUCAGGCGGUGCCAGAGAUGACGAAGCUCCUGAAGAAGAAGUGAGUGCUGGUGACAGGACCCGGCACUGUGGAGUAAGGGCAAAUAAAGGAUUUUACUGGAAA